GCCCGGAGGGAGACGCUGGCAGCACAGAGUGCAAGGCCACGGCCAAAGAUGCUUUCAAAGACAUCUCCAUAUACUUCUCCAAGGAAGAAUGGACAGAGAUGGGAGAAUGGGAAAAAAUCCGAUACAGGAAUGUGAAAAAGAACUAUGAAGCACUGAUUACCAUAGGUCUCAGAGCCCCUCGGCCAGCUUUCAUGUGUCACCGCAGGCAGGCCGUCAAACCCCAGGUGGAUGACCCUGAGGAUUCUGAUGAGGAAUGGACUCCAAGGCAUCAAGUUAAACCUUCUUGCGUGGCCUUCAGAGUGGAGCACAGUAAACACCAGAAGGUAAUGCCCCCGGUGCCAUUAAGUAAUGAAUCUAGUUUGAAGAAAUUGCCAGGAGCAGCGCAACUGCAGAAGGCAAGUGGCCCCGCGCAGGCCCAGAGCCCAGCGCCCCCUCCCAGAGCAACAAGCACCUCUGCACGGCACGCUAGACAAAAGCUGGAACGCAGAACAAAGCAGAUUGAAGUGAAGAUGUAUAGCCUACGAGAAAGAAAGGGCCACGUGUACCAGGAGAUCAGCGAGCCCCAGGACGACGAUUACCUCUAUUGUGAGAAGUGUCAGAACUUCUUCAUCGACAGCUGUGCUGCUCACGGGGCCCCUACCUUCGUAAAGGACAGUGCAGUGGAGAAGGGGCGCCCCAACCGCUCAGCCCUCACUCUGCCCCCUGGAUUAAGUAUCAGACCGUCAGGCAUCCCCGAGGCUGGGCUUGGAGUAUGGAACGAGGCUUCCGAUCUGCCGCUGGGUGUGCACUUUGGCCCCUAUGAGGGCCAGAUCACAGAAGAUGAAGAGGCCGCCAACAGUGGAUACUCCUGGCUGAUCACCAAAGGGAGAAACUGCUACGAGUAUGUGGAUGGAAAGGACAAGUCCUGGGCCAACUGGAUGAGGUAUGUGAACUGUGCCCGGGAUGACGAGGAACAGAACCUGGUGGCCUUCCAGUAUCACAGGCAGAUCUUCUACCGAACCUGCCGGGUGGUCAGGCCGGGCUGUGAACUGCUGGUCUGGUACGGGGAGGAGUACAGCGAGGAGCUCGGCAUCAAGUGGGCCAGCAGGGCGCAGAGCGAGCUCGCGGCAGGCAGAGACCCAAAGCCCAAGAUCCAUCCAUGUGGCUCUUGCUCCCUGGCCUUCGCCAGUCCGAAAAUCCUCAGCCAACACGUGGAACGCAGCCACCCGUCUCAGGUCCUCCCGAGAACAUCUGCCAGAGGCCACGUCCAACCAGAGGAUCCCUGCCCAGGCUAUCAAAAUCGGCAGCAGCAAUAUUCUGAUCCACACAGCUGGAGUGACAAACCUGAAGGUCAAGAGGUCAAGGGAAGGUCCAAACCUUUGCUGAAAAGGAUAAGGCCGAGGAGGAUUUCAGGGGCCUUUUCCUACUCUCCCAAAGGACAAAUGGGGAGUUCUAGGGCACAUGAGAGAACGAUGGAGGAAGGGCCCAGCACAGGCCAGAAAGUGAAUCCAGAGGACACAGGCAAAUUACUCAUGGGGGCAGGAGUAUCAAGAAUUGUAAAAGUCAAGUACAGAGGCUGCGGGCAAGGCUCCAAGGAUAGGUCUAGUCUCAUCAAGCACCAGAGGACACGCACAGGGGAGAAGCCCUAUGUUUGCGGGGAGUGUGGGCGAGACUUCAGUCAUAAGUCACAUCUCAUCGGACACCAGAGGACACACACAGGGGAGAAGCCCUAUGUUUGCGGGGAGUGUGGGCGAGACUUCAGUCUUAAGUCAAGUCUCAUCCGACACCAGAGGACACACACAGGGGAGAAGCCCUAUGUUUGCGGGGAGUGUGGGCGAGACUUCAGUCUUAAGUCAAAUCUCAUCCGACACCAGAGGACACACACAGGGGAGAAGCCCUAUGUUUGCGGGGAGUGUGGGCGAGACUUCAGUCUUAAGUCAAGUCUCAUCGGACACCAGAGGACACACACAGGGGAGAAGCCCUAUGUUUGCAGGGAGGGUGAGGGAGUCAUUACCAAUAAACCACAUCUUAGCCACAGGAGGAUAAAUGUAGCCACCACAUACCUCAGCUCUGAGGGAGCUUCAAAGGAAGUCUAUGACCCCUUACAUUCCCUAAGAGUGUCUUUAGAGCUGGACAAAGAAGGGGCCACUCAGGCACUGGUCAGACACAGCUGCUUCACCUGCACACUCAGCUGCCCCGACGAGGAGAAGAGAGCACGGGGGCUGGCCGUUUAUACACCCUCCCGCCACCGGCAGCUGCUGGCAGCCACGAUCCGCGUGCUGAAGCGGGGCUCGGAGGAAUGUGCGCCGCCUGACACGCGCUGGGCUCGGCUGAGGCACCUGUCCUGUCCCCGGGACGCCUGCCGGCCCUCCACCUGA